AGAUGUGGUGCUUUCUCAAGAUGAUGCUUUUCAUCUUAACUUUUAGAAUUAAUACUGGUGCCUUUGGAAGAAAUAUAUUUAUGAAUCCUGAAUCAAAAAUGAACAUUAGUCAAAUUAUUUCUCACUGGGGUUACCCAAAUGAAAAGUAUGAUGUUGUAACUGAAGAUGGAUACAUCCUUGGUCUUUAUAGAAUUCCAUAUGGGAAAGCAAACAGUGACAAAUCAGAUCAGAGACUUGUUGUUUACUUGCAACAUGGGUUGUUUACAACUGCCAGCUGCUGGAUUUCUAAUCUACCUAACAACAGCCUGGGCUUUAUUCUGGCAGAUACUGGUUAUGAUGUAUGGAUGGGGAAUAGCAGAGGAACAACGUGGUCCAGAAAACACGUGCGCCUAGAUACAAAUUCUGAAGAGUUCUGGGCAUUCAGUUUUGAUGAGAUGGCAAAGUAUGACCUUCCAGCAUUAAUUAACUUCAUCGUGAACCAUACUAAACAAGAAGAAAUAUUUUAUGUAGGCCAUUCACAGGGUACAACUAUUGCUUUAAUAACGUUUUCAACCAUGCCCAAGAUUGCCGAAAGAAUCAAAGUCUUUUUUGCCUUAGCACCAGUUUUUUCCAUUAAACACAUACAGAUCCCAGUAGUUAAAAUUGCAUACAAGUUGAAGACACUUAUCCUGGCUAUUUCUGGCAAGAAAGAGUUUUUACCUAACAAUUCAUUUAAACAAUUUCUUAGUUCAACUUUAUGUCCACUAAAAAUUUUUCAUAGAAUUUGCCAUAAUAUCUUAUUAAUAAUGGCUGGAAGUCAUUCAAACAACAUAAACAUGAGUCGUUUGGAUAUGUAUAUGGUACAAAAUAUAGGAGGAACAUCUGUUCAAAAUAUGAUCCACUGGAGUCAGCUUUUAAAUUCUACUCAAUUGAAAGCUUUUGACUGGGGAAGUCCUGCUCAGAAUAUCUUACAUUAUAAUCAGAAAACUCCUCCAAUAUACAACGUGUCAGAAAUGAGUGUGCCAACUGCAACUUGGAGUGGUGGAAAGGAUUUGUUGGCUGAUUCUGAAGAUGUUAAAAAUUCACUUUCUGAAAUUAAAUACCAUAUUUACCAUAAAACAAUUUCUUACUACAAUCAUCUAGACUUCUUGUUUGGAUUAGAUGUAUUUAAACAAAUUUACCUUGAAAUCAUUAAUAUUAUUGAAAAUAAUAUAUAA